AUGACGGCUCCUGAUGUAGCAAAAUGCUUCCAAUUACCUGUUAUCACAUCGCAUCAGUUCGCUAAAGAGCUUGCUAUCCCCAUGGUCCACCUGUUUAAUAUUUCUCUGAGUCUAGGUCAAGUGCCUACCAUAUGGAAACAUGCGAUAGUUACACCUAUUCAGAAGGGCAAUGAAUCUAACAAAGUGUCUUGCUUCCGGCCGAUAAGUAUUCUUUCCUUCCCCUCUAAAAGUACUGGAGAAAAUAAUCAACAAAAACCUUCUAGAUUGGGUAAUCAAAGAACAAUAUAUACCUCAUGA